AUCUAAGACUCGACACAACUACGAUUCCCACAAUAAUCAUGGUACUUGUAAACUACGCUUCGAGUGAUGAUGAGGAAGCUGGCCCCUCGUCAAGCGGAAUCUCCAAUCUCGCCAUAACCUCGUCGACAAAAGUUAUUGCCGCCCCCGAUGUCUCCCUGGAAGACCCUAUGCAGCUCCGCCAGUCCCUAAUAAAGUCGACAGACAAAAAGAUUACAACAAACAUGACCUAUGACCAGCUUUCCGCACCAGUGGUCGGCCCCUCAAACCCUUUUCUAUCCGCCGAGAACGCAUCGCGAAAACGCAAAAACGUACUCACAGGGUACGCCGAAGAGUCGGCAAUCUCUGACUCUACUUUCCGUACACAGCAGCGGACAUUUAUAUCCUUGGGGUACGCGAAGGAUCCCUCCCUCGUAGCCAACGGAAACUCUUUUGUUGGGAAUCAGGACAGUGUUGUUUUACACGGGGGCAAAGACGUAGUCCAACUACGACCCUCGCGGCAAGAAACCGACGCGAUCAAACGGAAGAGGACGAAAAAAGGGGAUCCGUCGAUUCUCGAGGGGGAAAACGCCUACGUGGGUCCCUGGGCGAAGUACAAUGAAGCUAAUACGCUGUCGGAGUCUGAGGAUGAGGAUGAGGAAGAAGAGGGUGAAGAGGAGUAUUCUGCGCCUACGUCAAACCCUAUUGUCGAUAAGGCCGGCAAGGAGUAUCUGGAUGUGAACACUGGAGGCAUUGGGAAGGAGACCACGGAGUUCCAUGGAUCGCAGUUGCGGGAUUAUCAGGGAAGGACGUACAUGCACGUUCCUCAGGACCUAGAUAUCGAUUUGAAAAAGGAGCCUGGAAGCUGGACAAAUUAUAUCCCGAAAAAGUUGGUGCAUACUUGGAAGGGACACACAAAGCCUAUCACUGCAUUGCGAUUUUUCCCGGGAAGCGGCCAUCUGUUGUUGUCUAGCAGUAGUGAUGCCAAAGCCAAAAUUUGGGAUGUCUACCAUGAUCGUGAGCUUCUCCGCACAUACAACGGCCACUCAAAGGCUGUCACAGAUAUCACCUUCAACAACUCUGGUAGUCAAUUCUUAACAGCUUCGUACGACCGCUACAUGAAACUCUGGGAUACGGAAACUGGAAAAUGUCUUCAUCGUUUCACAACUGGCAAGAUACCGCAUGUCAUCCGGUUUAAUCCUGACCCCGCUCUCCACCACGAAUUCGUUGCAGGCAUGAGUGACAAAAAAAUCAUCCAAUUCGACACCCGCACAGAGCAAGUAGUCCAGGAAUACGACCACCAUCUCGGCCCCGUAAACACUAUCACCUUCGUGGAUGAAAACCGCCGUUUCAUCACAACCUCGGAUGACAAGUCGCUGCGGGCCUGGGAAUACGGCAUCCCAGUCCCUAUCAAAUUCAUCGCGGAGCCUUACAUGUACUCCAUGGUCCGUGCCUCGCUUCAUCCCUCGGGCAAGUAUGUCGCGUACCAGUCCGGCGACAAUCAAGUCGUAGUUUACGCCGCGACGGAUAAAUUCCGCCAGAACCGUAAGAAGGCCUUCCGCGGACACAACAAUGCCGGGUACGCCAUUGAUGUAGACAUUUCCCCUGAUGGUCAAUUCCUCAUGAGUGGGGAUUCUGGCGGGUUCUUGUGCUUUUGGGAUUGGAAGACUUGUAAAAUGUAUCACAAGUUUCAGGCUAGCGAUGGGCCGGUUGUCGCGGCCCAGUGGCAUCCGCAGGAGAGCAGCAAGGUUGCUAGUGCCGGACUGGAUAAUGUUAUUAAGUUCUGGGAUUAGGAAGGGGAAAGAAUUGGAUGUCAAGUCCGUUAGGUUGCGGGAGGGAACGGAAGAGGGGGGAGGGGAGGCUAAAUUGUAUUUUAAAUAUCAAUUUUUU